CUAAACGUCACAUUCAUGCGUUUCACCCUGCUUGUGUGUCGGGGAGCGUAAUCUUUUUCUUCCGAAUACGUUUCUCUCCCGAGAAAUAUACCCAUGACACAGUGGGUUUAAUAUCAGGAGGUGAUCCCGGAUUCCCCAGCCGUCCGAAUCCAAUAUUUGGGUCCUCUCCUCUCUCUCCCCCGCCGGCGGGCAGGCAGCAGGUUGCCAUGGAGAACUCGUCGGUGGCGUCCGCGUCCUCAGAGGCUGGCAGCACGCGCUCACAGGAGAUUGAGGAGCUGGAGCGCUUCAUCGACAGCUACGUGCUGGAGUACCAGGUGCAAGGCCUUCUGGGAGACAAAAACGAGACGUACCUGGACGGAGACGACAAGCCCCAGUCCCACAUUUCACAGUGGACAGAGGACUGCAAUGACAAGAAAGACGGGAGUUGGUCACCCUCGUGGGGGAGGGGCUCCACCAAACCAGAUGAGUGGGAUCACAGUAGUAAUGGCAGUACAGGGUCCAGGCCCAGCUCUGGCUCUAGACCUGGUUCAGGCUCCAGGUCUGGUAGCAGAGGGAGGAACAACCAAUUCGGAGGGCCAGCCAAGGUACAGAACGGGAACAGAGAAGGGUCCUUUGACAUCCUGGGUACUGACAUCUGGGCUGCUAACACCAUGGACUCUCAUGGGGGGGCAACGUGGGACCUCCAGCCUGAGAAGCUGGACUUCAGCCAGUUCCACAGGAAACCCUUCCGGGGAACACCAAAGCACCUUACACACAUCGACAGAGAGGGAUCUGAAAGCCCAUACAUCCCUCCCAUUGAUCCUCUUCCAUGGGAUAAACAUGACAAUGAUGAUGCUGGUCCAUUCCAUUACUACUUAGAACUGAUGAUGAAAGGCAAGUUUGAGUGUGACGAUGGGAUCAACUUGAACGACCUGGAGCAGUUCCUGCCAGGCCUCACCGGUUUCCCGCCCCUGCCUAACGAAGCUGAGAUCGCACAAACCAAAAAGCUUUUCCGUCGCAGGAGGAACGACCGACGGAGACAGCAGCAGAGACCACCGGGUGGAGACAGGAAGACCCAGCAGCAGCAGUCGCCACAACAACAACAACAACAAACAGUCAAUCAACAUCCUCGUGACCAGCAGCAGCACAGAGGACAGUGUGGGGGUAGCCAUGGGCAGCAGUUCCAGGGCCACGGCGGGCAGCGCCAGGGGCCCCCCCACCAUGGCUACAGCCAGAACCGCCGCUGGCACCACAACCAACAGGGGCAGGGAGGAGAACAGGGACCGCAGGGAGUCCCGGCAGUGGACAGAGACAGGGGGGCAACCCCAACGGGAGACAGAGACAAGGGGGCACCACCCAGAAAAAACAAAGAGACGGAUGAUGUAAAAGCAGAGGAGGCCAGCGCUAGGCUGGAGCCAGAGAGCUCAAGGGGCCCCAAUGACGGGCCUCCCAGCCAGCCUGCGGGCCAGGGUGGCCCUAAAGUCAGUCUUCUGCCGUCGUCCAAAGAGAGGCUGAGGAGGAGGCUAAAAGACAAGGAGGAGGCGAUCGUGUCCCCAGCGGGCCCCCAGCGGAGCCGCAUGGACCGCUUGCUGGAGAUCCUGAACGGCAUGAGGAACAACAGAGCCGGGGUGGACGGCCAGCUCCGCUCCUUCAUGGAGGAGGCCCAGACCUCGACCCAGUCGGAAGAGAGCUUGGCCCAGAUCGUCUCUACUAUCUAUGGCAAGGCCCUCAGCGACAGAAGCUUCGCCGCUACCGCUGCCAGACUCUGUGACAAGAUGGCCCUGUUCAUGGUGGAGGGGACCAAGUUUAGAUCAUUACUACUCAAUAUGUUACAGAAGGACUUCUCUCGUCGGGAGGAGCUGCAGGCGUCUGACGUAGAGCUCUGGUUGGGGUUCAUCACCUUCCUGUGUGAGAUGUUUGGAACAAUGAGGUCCAGCGCCGGAGAGCCCUUCCGAGUCCUGGUCUGUCCCAUAUACACCUGUCUCAGAGAGCUGCUGGAGUCUCCAGAGGUGAAGGAGGACGCGGUCCUCUGUUACUCUAUGGAGCUGCAGUCCACUGGUCGUCUCCUGGAGGAGCAGCUUCCAGGGAUGAUGACAGAGCUCCUGGCCGCGGCCAGGGACAAGAUGCUGUGUCCAGCCGAGUCCCAGCUAACUCGCUCCUUGCUCAUGGAGGUCAUUGAGCUGCACGCCAACCACUGGACCCCUCUGGAGGACCUCACCACACAGUACUACAACAGAACCAUCCAGAAGCUCACCACCGCCUAGCCCCCCAGACCCAGGACCUGUCCCACAGGUCAGACACAUGGAGGCCUGAGCUGGGUUGAUGGCUGAGAUGCAUGGGGUUGGACUAGACAGAGUCGCAGAACAUAAUUGGUUGGCCCCAUACCAGACUGCAAAUGCGUUUAGGUAUAAGGAGAUGGGACUGACGACACAUACAGACAGACCUGAAAUCCAUGCAAAAACAAGACCAACACUACACCACGCACACAGACAGAAGAGACUGGCCACUGGCCAUGCAGCCUGCACACAUUCGACUGUGGGGGCGUGCCUGGUCACUGAGAUGGGUGGAGGACAAAGAGACGGCAUGAUGUGGGGGGGGGUUGGAACAGCAGCCGCCUGUCCUUGGUGAACAGUCUCUCCUCAGAGGUUAAAAAGAGAAGAAGCAGGGGGGUCCAGGGAGAUCUCUUCCUCUUUUGUGUUCAUGUGCCAACCACCCUUCCUCCUUUCUCCGUCUUUCUCCUUUAUCUAUCUCCCCUCCUCCUCCUCUCUGUUCCAGGCCCUUCCACCCCAGGGCCUAUGUGGCUGACUGGGGGAGAUGAGAGAGGAGGCAGGCAAGCCUCCGUCUGGGUUGUCCCCUCCCCAGACCUCCCUCCACUGGGCCAGGUCAAAUGGGCAGACUGCAGGGCUAGGUUCCAGUAAGGCCUGCCUUUGUCCCCCCCCCCACUCCCCAGAGGCGCUUUGUGUGGCUGAGACACUGGCUGGCGCACUCUGGAUUGCUGGCUGGGUAGCAGAUGGCUUCUGGCGCCUCAGUGGGCUGGCUGCAGACACCCUCCCAGUCCCAUCUACACUCCAGCCAAGGCCAACCCAUCCUCCAACCCAGGCUAACCCUAACCCAGCCAGGUCGCUGACUGAAGGGGGCAGUGGGUUUGUCCUGGGGGCCAGUGGGGCUGCC